UUUACUGCCGUACGCGCAGUUUUCAGUAGUACGGUGCACUAUUUUAAGAUGAAUUUAAGUCAUUGAGGCGAAUUAAAUCAGGCGGCAUUACCACUUCAUUAAACUUUUAUCUAUUUACGGAGGUAGCGUCGCACGAAGAAUGUGAAAAACGACUUAUCAGAGUAGUAUCGUGAUGGCAAUCCGUGACAAGUUACAUGUGACCCAACUUUCCUGACUUUUGAGGCCAAAUGGCGAUUACCAAAUAAAACGGACGAUUUUCGCUUGGUUUGUCACGAUGUCAGGACAGAGCGGUGGACAUCGAGUGUGUUUACCCAAGCUUAAUGAACAAUUGACAUGUAGACUGUGUGGUGGUUAUUUUAUCGACGCCACUACUAUUAUAGAAUGUUUACACUCAUUUUGUAGGAGCUGCAUUGUCAAAUAUUUGGAAAAUAACAAGUAUUGUCCAAUCUGUGAGGUACAGGUUCAUAAAAGCAGGCCAUUAUUAAAUAUACGUCCUGACUAUACCUUACAAGAUAUUGUAUAUAAACUCGUACCUGGAUGUUACCAAAACGAAAUGCGAUGUCGGAGAGAAUUUUACGCGAAGCAUCCAGGUAUACGUGAUCAAGUAACGUCUCCGGAAGCACGUGGAGAACCAACAGAAUCGCACAUAUAUUCUCCGGAUGAAUCUCUCAGUCUGUCCUUGGAGUACUUUAAUCCUCACACGGAAGAUUUAGAUGAAACGAAUGCCGUUAAGGACGCGACUCAAAAGCCGCAUUUGAAGCGAUAUUUGCGAUGUCCUGCAGCAGUGACAGUAUUUCAUUUACAAAAAUUAAUAAGAGCCAAAUAUGGCCUUAGCGAUGCACACCGAGUUGAUAUAAUGUACAAAGAGGAGCCCUUGUGCAGUAGUUAUACUUUAAUGGACGUGAUGUACAUCUAUCAUUGGAGGCGGAAAGUUCCAUUACACCUAAGCUACAGGAUAUUCGAGUCGUCCUCGAAACGCAUCAAAUUGUCGGAAGACAAUGCCAGCUACAAGAAAUCGCUGACGAACGCCGGCAUUCACUCCGACGAGAUGAAAGACGAGAAGUCGUUGAAACGCGAGUGGAAGGAAGUGCAGUUGAAAAUAUCGGAGACAGGCGUGAUGAGCAUAACCGAUAUAUCGAAUACGGUGCUCAAGAGAGAGGCGGAGACGGAGAAUCCGGAAGAUCCGAAGAUCUCGGACGAGACCGUCACUACCAUCGCAACGGUGAACAAGGCGGAUUCAUUGGUGGAAAAUUGCAGUGUGCCGAAUGCCUGUUUAGAGACGAUGCAACCUAUUGUGGUUAUCGACGCGCUAAUGAUGAAGAACGCGACUCUGUCCGACUCGAGCAGCGCGCCUCUCGCAACGAGCGACGUCAAGACGUCCACGGACGACAAUUCGCCGACCAAGAACUGCACAUCGCUACCCCCUCAGCACGGUGGAAACACGACGACGAGGCAGGCCAGUGAAACAGCGAAUCAUACCGCCCCGGUGAACUCGCAGCAAGACGCGGAGGCGAAAGUUCACGAUCAGACUAACAACGCAAUCGAGGACAAAGCAAUCUCGCAGGGGCAGAAAGCCGCCGGUCAAACGAUAACGCAGUGUACGGAAGAGAGCGCGCCCACACCCCUCGUCGAGAAUACGUCGGGGAUGGAUACGCGAGCGAAGAGGCUGACGAUCAACAACAACAACAACAACAACAACAACAGCACGGACUCGAGGAGCGAGGCUCAGAAGGAAUGCAUGAAGAGCGAGUUGAAAGUGGGGAACGUGGGAUCCAAGAUCGACGCGUUGAGCGCAAAGUUGCAGUUCCAGCCGAAGAUGGGUCAGGUCAACAACACUUACUCGAAGAAAGCACCGAAGGAGAAGCGGGCGAUUUUUCAGAGCGCCAAGAAGUCGGACGCGAAGUCGCCGACGGAGGUUGCGGCCAAGGCCGCCGACACGAAAACGCGAGCGAAUUGCGGGCAGAGCGCGGUAGCGAAAAUGUCGGCACCGUGUCCCACGGCGACCUCUCCGCAGAAGCCGGUCGUGUCGACCGCCACGGCGCCUCAGACGACUACUUCGACAACGGUGGACGCCUCGGCCGUGCCUAGCAAACCGGAGGUUCCCCACGAGAAGGAUAAUCAGAACUCGGGCAUCGACGUACAGCAGGCCUUGAAUCUGCUGGAGCAGAAGAGAAACUCGCCGACACCGACUCAAGCGGAAGCAGUCUCGAAGACGACGAGCCACGCGAGCGCCGCGGGCGGCCAGAGAUUACAGCAAAGCGCGCGAAGUAGCAACACAGUGGUCACGCCGAACGAAAGCCCCGUGCCGAACAUCCCGACGUCCACGUCCAUGAGCCAGGCGACGUUCCCGUACACGGUCCACGAUCUGGUGACCAACGCCAGCCUGAAAGCGACCCUGAAAAAUCCCAACAGCGCGCUCCCGAAUUCACUGACGGCGUCGCCGGUGGCCUGCUCGACGUCCGCCAACAGUCAAAUGUCUCCUAUGCAUCAGUUCAGCAUGCAGACGCCGUCGAUGAGCAUAUACUCCAUACCCACGUCCUUGAAGAACAACUGCGGCAACGCGAGUCCAGCCGCAGCCACUGUGACGGUCACGUCGACGGCAACGCUGAAAUCGUCGUCGGGGCCGACCUCGACUCCCUGCCCGGACGCGAUCCCCAUAUCCCUGUUGAAGCCGUCGCUGCGCAAGCAGGAGGCGACCGCCAAGGGCAGCAACCUGAACGAGAUCUGCGCCAAGAUCGGCUCGAACACGACGGGCUCGAAGAUCAACGACAUCUGCGCGAAGAUCGGCGAGAACUCGAAGGAGAAGAACAGGGUGGAGGCGCGCAGCAAGUCGGACAUACCGGACCUGCUUAAGAUAGCGAAGAAGAGCCCCUCACCGUCGGACACGAGCGUCAAGCACAUACCGAACAUCCCCAACGUGCCGGUCUACACGCCCAGUAGCAACGCGACGACGGUGGAGGCGAAGGGGCCGAAGGUCGCCUUGCCGACGUCGACGGCCGCCGCAUUGGCGGUGUCGACGCCGCCGGCGUCCUCCCACGCGAGCCAGAGGAUAUCGGUCCUCAAGAAGCAGAGCCAGCCGAUCGGCUACAAGACGCUGCGCGACCCGCCCAAGUCCUGGAACCCGACGCUGUCGAAGAACAACUACGUGGCGGUGAAGAACCAGGCGAAGGAGAUGCAGAAUCAGACGCAGACCGCCGCGUCCGAGGGCACGAGCAAGCAGAUCCCCUCGAAGCCGGCCAAGAUCUUCAAGAUGAGGAACAUGCCGCGCUACCUGGGCAAUCCCGCGUCGGGCGUGAAGCCGAUGUACGGGGUCGCGAACGACACGAAGGAGAAGGAGCAGUCGGCGGCGAACGCGGUUAAGGGCGCCACUCUCAACAUGAUGAAGAUCGACCCCAAGACCUUGUCGCCGAUCGUCUCCACGGCAAACUCGCCGAUCGUCUCGCCGCCGCCUUAUUCGCCGAACGCCCGGAGUUACCAGAACACCCCGUUCCCGCGGGACAUCUGCCGCAGCACCGGCUCGCCCUUGUCGUCGAGGAACUCGCCGGUGAACAUGCUGUCGACCAAUCCGUUCAUACCGUCUCCCACGCCCAACACGAACCCCCGAAUCAUAUAUUCUCAUUUUCCCCCGCCUUUUCCAGAUGCCAGCCGGUUCCCGAACCCUCUGAUACGGUCGCCCAUCGGUAUCCCGCCUCCCAGUGCCUUCCACAGUAGUCUACCGCCCUCGAUCAACAAGCUGUAUCAGCGAUCGAGUUACAUACCGCAGACCACCGGCUACUCGCCGGUGGUCGGCCAGCCGCCGGCGGUCCAAAGAAUACCGCCUAGCACCCACUCGUCGUCGCCGAAGUCGCCCAAGGCCUCCUCGCCCGGCUCGAUCUCGUCGUUCAACCUCGGCAAGACGGAGCCGAUCACGUCGACGGUGAACAGCGUCGCGUUGCUCCUGUCGAAGAGCGUGCCCGUGCCGGUGCCGGUGCCGAUGCCGGUGAACAUACCUGUGUCCGUGUCGCAUCAACGGGAGCUCAACGCGUUCAACCUGUCGAAAACCGGCGGCAGUCUGGCCGGCGUCACCUCCAACAUCGCGAAGACGGCGGACACGAGCGACGGCGCUCAUCACGAGCCGCAGACCUCCAAGCAGAACUCCGGCUCCUCAGUGUCGCUUAAUCCUGCGGCCGCGAACCUCGAGGUGUCCGAGAACUCCAGCUCGCCGUGCGCCGGCGAAAGGAAGCAGGGGAGCAAGGACACGGACGCGCAGAAGGCGCAAGAGGGCGGGCAAGCUUCCAAGCCGAAGAUCGCCGAUGGUUCGAGCCCGACCGACAAGAAGGAGAAGAACCAAACGACCAAAGUCAACGGCGACGUCACGACCGAACACUUCGGAAGCAAGAAGUCCAAGGAGUACAAUAACGAGCAGACGACGACGACAACGACGACGACGAAGCCGCCGACGCCGACGCAAGAAACGACCGAACGAGAGGGCCAAGUGGAACGCUCCUCGCCUCGCGAACGAAAUAGUAUUCAGAGGAACAACGCUCCGACUGCCGUCAACGACUCAUCGGCGAACGACUCCAAGGCCGAGGACCUCGGCAAGACCGGCGAACAGAUACAGGGCAAAAAGUCUGAGGUGCAAAGAAACAAGGCGGAGACGUAAUCGCGAAUCGUCCGUAGAUAAAUGAAAGUCGCGGGAUUUUAUUACUCUCACUCGUACACACUCACUCACUCUUUCACUCACUUUCUCUUUUCUCUCUCUUUCCCCUCUCUUUCCCCUCUAUCUUUCUCUUUCUCCCGCCCAUUCGGCGGAAACUGCAUUUAACCGGACACACAAUGGCCACGUUUACACGGCACCUAAAACCGAUUUAGUAAGUUUCGUAUUCCACAUUUACGUGAACAGUACGGAACCGGUUCAGUAGUUUCUGCUGGUGCGACCAUCGACGUUACGUAUAUAAACGAUUACGUUGUAACUACCCAGUAAACAAUCUGCUAGCUGUCUGACGACAGAUUGGCGACAAAUGCAUUGUCAUAUCUGUGUGCAAUCUGCUGUUGUCCCCUCGGCAGAGUCUAAUGACAGAUUGCUCGACAGCAGAUUAGCGGCAGAAAGCGAGCAGGAUCUGCGAUAUGUUUCAUUUAGAUCGGAACGACGGAACCCGCUCGAUUUCUGCCGUUAGAUCCUGUUGUAUUUCUGCCAGCAAGCUGCUUACACAGUCUGCUGUGCAAUUUGCUUUUGCAGGUUUGGCUAUGGUUGGGUAUACCGUGAUGAUUUGUGACACCGAUAGAAUAUCGAAGACUUAUCACAUCGGCUUCACGUUGUUCGCGCUAGCGGAAAUUACGGGCGUUGCUGAUUAGAUUUUAGCAUGCCGUGCAAACAUAGUCAAUGACAGCUCGCUCGAGAGGAAGCAAAAUCGGCAGUCAGGCUGCCCACGGCCCGCGUUCUGAUAUUUACUGCCAAUAAUUCUAACGCCGUUUCCACCGUGAUGACCGACGCGCAUAAUAUUCCACAUGCACGUACCUGUAUUGUACAUUCGAGAAGCGCGCCCAUGUUAUCCGCGCGUAGCGCAGAAAAUGUCAGAAGACACGCGAGAAAAUCAGACACACACACACACACACACACACACACACACACACACACAAAAGAUGAUCGGAUAGAUUCUCGUUACACGGACGUCGUUAAAGAACGCAAGAGUAAGGCAGUUUAUGGCCGUUGUUGAGGAUGUUGCGUGUUAGAAAUCUGUAUAUUUCUGUAAAUACAUAGCAAUCGCGAUAGAUCUAAUUAUUUUCUAUUAUAAAUGAGUUAUUAUAUCAUUAUGUUGAGCACGUUAUUUUAUGAGCGUACGUUGACGAUAAUUACGAGGAGGCCGUCAGAUUUUUCCAUAUUGCGCAUAUCCAACACUGAUACGACCAUUAAACGAGCCUCUCCCCUCCCCCCCCCUUCCCCUAUCCACGUUGUUACACGCGCAAUACGCAUAUGUGCGUAUGUAGGUAUGUAUACGUACACGGCGGUGUCGAGCGUGAUGAAAAUGCAUUCGCGAGUGCGACGAGCAAAGAUCCCGUCGUUGACACACGACGGGAUACACCAACCGACGCAAAUUUAUAUAAAUACGUUAUACAUAUUCACGAUUAUAUACCGUGGCUCGUCUGGUCGGGAAUGCAUCCAAGCUCGGCGCUGAUACACGGCAUAUCCCACUUCUAUCGUAUACCCUUUCGGUCAUAUAUUUUAUGGUAAAUUUCAAAUCGAUCCCUCCGCGAGGAUGCAAUAGCCACGAAGCUCAAACGAGAAGCGGCAACGUCGUAACGUCGCAACGCCAAGUUCACGAAACAACGCGAUCAGAUAUAUCAGAUAUAUCACGGCACUUAAGUCGCAGAAUAUAAAUAUAAAUACGCUUUAUCAUCGAGGCACGCAGGCAUUUAAAUGAAAAAGGAAGCGUGACAAUUGUAGUUUGCACUUCAGUUGUAUCUAAUUGGAAAACCGUUUCGGGAAUUCCACGGAGAAUAUGUGACGGAAAAAUAAUGAUACGUUUCAAGUAGGGNUCUCUCUCUCUCUCUCUCUCUCUCUCUCUCUCUCUCUCUCUCUCUCUCUCUCUCUUUCUUUCUAUAUCAUAUUUAUCUCAUUUCGUUACACACGUAUACGUAUAUUAUGCAUUAUAGUGUCGAAGCGGAAACUUUUUUUCUUCACACGAGAAGCGUCGACGAACUCUUCCAAAUUAUCUCGAACCGUCUCAAAAAUCAUGAUUUUUUUGUCAAACAUGAGUGUAACUUUCGUUGAAGUCAUCUUGGUAAAUGAAUUCACCGCUUGAACGAUUGAACGACGAUUGUUCGGAGUCAUGUAUGUCAUAUCGACAACUAUAUGAUUUCUCUCUCAGUGCGUAUACCUGCUGUUGAUUUGUUGAUAUCACAACGUAUAACAUUCAUCUUCCCGAUAACAUACUAUUAAUA